UAUAAUUUUUGAACAUGUGGAAAAUUGCAUUGCAGGAAGACGACGACUUUCUGGCAUCGGUACCGGGCACCGGCGACCAACAAGUUUUGGCCCAAGAACAGACGAAAUCCUCAGCCACGGCACCGGCGGUGGCGCCGCUGGAAGACGAUAGUGAGGUGACAUUCGAUGCCAACAAAGUUACUCUUCAGGUUCCGGACAGGCUUUUCGGUCCCAGUUUCACGGCUGUCAAUGGCAUAUCACAAGCCAUCGGCAAUGUCAUACAGAACGCAGCUGGCAGACUGGCUCGGCUCGUCGACGCCAUCAAGGCGGCCAUUUGGCGCAAAGCGGCUGGCGUCUCAUCCAUCAGCAAUUCGAGUGGCAGUUUUGGUGGCAACGGAGGUUCAUCAGGUGCGUCGACAGCCAACAGAGGAUCUCGAGACGCAGCGGCUGACCUGCAGAACGACGACGGAUUGGAUCUAGACCCGCUGGACGAGGCCGCGUCUGCGCCGUCUGCGUCGCCCAAGAAACUCAAUGCGACCGAUUUAGGCGCAGGUGCCACUGAUACUGGUGAUGGCAGCAACAAGUGAUACUGCCGUGAUGAAGUUUUACAACAGUCGUCGUAUGUUAGCUGUCUCUCCGUUAGCAUAAUAACAUUUAAUGUUAUUGUUACCGAAAAAUUAUAUUAUUAUAACAUCGUCCGCCCCACGUGUCGACUGAUGUGUAAAUAUUACGAUGUACGAAUAUUAUAUAGGGCGAUUGUCAGGUGAACGGUUGAUAUCAUUAUUAAAACUUGCUAAAAUAUUAUGAUUUACAAAUCUAUUUUUGGUUACGCCUAACGCUUUAUGACUAUUUAUAACUCCCAUCUUGCAUAAUGAUCAAGUAUCGUCGACUUCAUAUUACCUACUAUCGUUAUAAUAUACAGGCGCUCAUACAAUAAGGGGGGGGGAGGGAAAAAUAUUUUUAAAAAAAAUGUUUUAGAUAGACAUUAUCUACAUAGGUCUUCAUGAUUUUGUAUAAAUACCAACAAGUUUAUCAUAAUGUUUUAACGAUACAUUAAUAAUAUUGUAUUUAGUAACGAUAAUAAUGCACCUAUAUUUUGUUUAACAAUGAAUACCCUCCUACCCUGAAGUUGUUUCCUUUAUACGCGCCUGAUAAUACAUAAUAUAAUAUUUAUUGAUUAGAUCUUAUUUUUUAUUAACGAAUUUAGGAUUUUAUACUUUUUUUUAUACAAAUUUCGAUAAUUUAAAACUAAUAGUGAUAUUAACCGACGAUUGAUGUUUGAAAUAAUCACUCUGUGCAUUUUUAUAUAUAGACGUACUGUAAUAGUAUAAUAUCAUAUGAAAAAUGUGCAUGGUAGACCUGAACGUAGUUUAUAUUAUAAUUGCAUGUAUAUUUAUGUGUAAACGGGGCUUUUUUGUUGUAAAUAAUUUUAAUUUAUAUGUAUUAAAUAUGUUAUACUAUUGUUAUAUUUUAAACGAUAAUCAAAACUAAACGAGAAAAAUGUAGUAUUACCUACCUAUAGUGUAAUAUACGGGUAUGUACCUACCUACUAGUAUUGCCAUGUGACGUAUGUAUAUUAUUAUCAUACACUAUUAAUAACAAAUAAUAAUAUUAACUAUAUUGGUAGGUAUAUCGUAUAUUAUGUUGUGGUAAUAUUGUGGUAUAAAAUAUUAAAAUAUAAGAUUAGUUGUAAACAUAUUUUAUCGGCUAUGCAAUGUAAUAUAUUAUCGUCAACAUUUUGUUGUUGUACACGUCCUCAUAUUGUACAUUAUUAUUAUAACAGCUAAUUUUCUUUACAGAGUGUUGCAUUUUUAUAUUAUAAUAAUAUUUUAUAGCUGUAUAUUGUUGUGUAACCUAUAUUGGGUAUAAUAGGGCCUGAAUCAAUUGUAUUUAUAAAUGAGUAGAUUAUUUUUUAUAAAUUUAGUGUUUACCUAUACCUAACUAAUGCGUGUGUGCAAAAAUACACAACAUUUUAAUCAAUUGCAAA